CAGACCCCCAAACAUGGACGUAUUGAGAGAACCGUUUGACAUUUUAACAGCGCUCUGACACUCAAAACAGAUAUCAGCAAAAUCAGCAUUGAUCAGAAAAAAAUAAGAAAAAUGUACACUACUGUACAGCGACUAUCGGGGUAUAAUUUGUGGAUAUAAACGCGACAUUAUGAUCAGUUAAAGGCCGAGAACUGUUGGCUUUGAGACACACGGCCGACCGUUCAGCUGGUAACGUAACGCAACGUCAUUUUGCACAGCUUAUGUUUGUAUUUUCUUCUAUAUAAACGGAUGUGUCAUUAUCAGCGCACAGAGCCUUUGGCGUUAUUGACUAUGCCAGCCGCGUGACAGCGUGUUAAUUGACACCCUCGCCGACCUAAAAAUACCAAAUUGCUCACUGAGUUUGCAGCAAUGGCUUCGGCGCUGAGUUGCUUCAGUGGUCCCGAGGUGUUGGAGGACGUGAAUCACGCCCGGGGUUUGAUGGACGAGUUGAAAUUACUGUACGACUGCCGGCUGCUCGGGGACGUUACUAUCGGAGUCGAGUGGGAAGAGGAGUUAGUGGAGCAAAGCGGGCAGUCAGCCAGAGGUGACAUCGACCAACUUUUCCUGUGUAGCCGCAACGUCCUCGCCGCGGCCAGCCCUUACUUCAAAAGCAUGUUCACCGGGGGGUUAAAUGAGAGCAUGCAGCAGAGAGUGGUCAUCCGCGGGGUGGACUUUGAGUCCAUGUCUGUUAUCAUCGACUAUUGUUACACUGGCAGGGUGACCAUCACGGAGAGCAACGUCCAGCGGCUGUACGCAGCGGCCAAUAUGCUCCAGCUUGAGUACAUCAGGAAAGCUUGCUCCAGUUUCAUGACAAGGAGGCUGGACCUCUCAAACUGUGUGGGAAUACUGAAAUUUGCAGACACAUAUGACAAUCCUGAAUUGAAGGAGAAUGCUCAAGCUUUUAUAGCCAGGAACUUCAGUCAGGUGUGUAUUGGAGGGGAGCUUUGUGAGCUGGAUUUGAUGCAGCUGAAGGAGAUGUUGUCUCUGGACACUUUGGAUGUGGACUGUGAAAGGAAGGUAUGCUCAGCUGCUUUGCAGUGGAUAGAGGUGAAUGCACCACAUAAAAGGGAGGAUGCGCUACAGGCACUGAAGUGUGUACGCUGGAACUUGUUUACAGAGAAGGACAAGUGUUACCUGGAGGGCCUUAUGGCAAGGCCUUUAAUUGAGAAGUACUUUGCAUCUUUUUUCAACAGGUCUGCAGAGGAUGGCUGUGGAAUGUCUGCAACUCUGGACAUACCAAAAAACAGAAUAGGUGUAAGUGCAAAAGAAAUGAUCCUCUUCUUCGGCCUACCCAAUGACAACAUAAUGUGCUGUGACCCGUACUCAGAGGACCUGUAUUUCAUGGCUCCUCCUUUAGAAGACCUCAGCAGUCAGGAUUACAAACGUUCCACCAUGGAGUCUUUAAUCGCUUGUGCCACACCUGAAAACAACUUAUACCUAGCCUCCCACCUCUCUAAACACUUCUGGCUGUACAACCCUGUGCUCAACAACUGGCAGGAGUUGGCAGAGAGACCACUGGGGAGGAUACACUCUGGGAUGGGCUACCUCAACGGUCAUGUGUACCUUUUGGGAGGAAGAAAUCCAGUGACCGAUGCCAGACUUAAGGAGGUGGAGUGUUACAGUGUCCAGAGGAACCAGUGGACAUUUGUUGCUCCUUUACCUCAUUCUUUGGGUAAAAUGCAGGUGGUGGCACUAAAUGACCACCUGUAUGUGGUCAACAAAAGGAGAAUGCUUUGCUAUGAUCCCAAGAGGAACCGCUGGCGCCACUGUGGGUCACUGAGAAGGGACAAGCUUCACAAGGCCUGCGUGUAUCAGGACCAGAUCAUCUGUGUGUGUGACAUACCUGUGGUGAAAGCCUACAGCCCCACCAGGGGAGAGUGGAAGAGGUUGGGUGACAUUCCCAUUGACAGCCGUGCUCUAAAUUACCAGGUGAUCCAGCACAACAACAAGCUGCUCCUCCUCACUCAGACACUAUUGCAGCACAACAAAAACAGGGUCCUCAUCCAUGAAUACGACCCAGCGAGGGACACAUGGAAGAACAUCAUGGCAGUGUAUGUGUCCACCCUGGGGCCCGUGUGUGUUUCAACACGCGUGUACCCGGCAUGCCUUGGCUCUGCUCAUAGUUUCUCUACAGAGGAGGACGACGACAGUGGCUCCAGUGCCGACUGGGACUUUGAUGGGUUGACAGACGCAGACUCUGACUCGGGCAGCUCUAGCUCUUUCUCAGACGAGAACUGGUAGUGAAAUGUGUUACUGUGUCAAAGAAAGAUUUAACUUAUUUAUAAUUGAGUGGAUGUUUAGUACGUGUUUCUGUGUCAGGAGAGAUCCCAGUUCCAUUUAGUGUUUAAGCCAGCCAUAUACAGUGGAAGCACAAGCCCAUCAAAAUUUACUUGGAUGUCUUUAUUUUCACCAGAGUUGCUAAUUUACUGAAGAAGAGAAGAAACUAAGCAGAGUUGGUUUCAGAAAUGCCCAAAUAUGGCGCGGCCUCUAGCUCGCCCAGUAAGCGGGUUGGCCCCAUGUUGGCUGAGUCCUGCAGCGGCCCGGGUUCGAGUCCGACCUGCGGCUCUUUGAUGCGUGUCAUCCCCCUAUCUCUCUCUCCCUUUCAUGUCUAUCCACCUUUACUAUAAUAAAGGCAAAAGCCCAAAAAAUAAUCUUAAAAAAAGAAAUGCCAAAAUAAAAGGGCUUUGCAGCUUAAUUUCCUUCAUGUGCUGCCAGCAUGAAGGACAGUAUGAUGUAGCGUUAGAGUACAAAUACAUGAUUAGAAAUAUAGCUGUUCAACAACAAUUUCAUACUUUAAAGUCAUACUUUAGCUUUAAGGGCAGCUAAAUGAAGGUUACUCCAGAAAAAUAUUAUUUAUUUCAAAUUGGACUGUAAACAGUUUCAAAAAUUGGAGCAGGUUUACCUGGAUUGGGUUCCACGAGCUUAGGUAACAAAAAAUCUAACAGUUAGGAAUCUGUUUAUCCUGUUUUGUGGUUCAAACAUGAGCUGCAGAGGUAAUGCACAAAUAAUCUAAAGUUCGAGGAGUAAACCUCUACAUAUGUGGGCAAGCUGUACCAACUGAGCUAACCCGGCCACAAGUUGACCUUUUCAUAGCAGAGACAUUUUAACUUGUCAAACACAGGUGUUACUAAUAAGAUAACUAAUUGCUGGCUGGAAGGUCGGUCCAGCAGUUAGUGCUCUGAUGCUGCCAAAGCAUUAAAGAAACACAUCAGUCAAAUACAAAAGUCAAAUAUCUUGCUCUUGAAUUCACUGUCCAUAAACAAGAGUGUCUUUUUUGCGUGCAACACCUCUGUUGGCUACUUUUUUCAGUUUCUUUAGGGGUGUAUGGCAAAAAAAAGUUUGGGGACCACCACUGCCACAUUGCAAAUUGCCAAUUUCUUUAUACUUGAUAAUGAUUCAUUUUAAACACUACAAGUGUUUACACAGGUUAAAUAUUACUCCCCAUGACUAGUAAAUGGGCUUUGAUGUCUUGAAUUGGCAGAGGGUCCCUUUUAAUGCUCUUGGCUUUUGUUGUAAAAGAGACAACAAAAACAGAAAUAUAAUUUGUAUGUAGCUUGAAUAAAUGAGCACACCUGCUUACGAUUGGUGUCAAAUCAUGACUGAUUUUUGGGCAGCUCAAGUGCCUCAUGUUUAUGACUUCAAACACACCUACUGGGCAUUUACAGGGCUUUAAAAAUUGGCUGUACUUUUUAUGUUGUUGAAUGCAUAUCAAGACGUCACCACACACACACACACACACACACACCCACACCACACACACACCGGGUGUUGUGAAAACUACUGUCUGAAAUGUAGAAGCCAAUGUACUGUACGCUCACUCAGGUUUAGGCUUCAGCGAAAGCCUGUAAGCCAUGAUUAACUUUUUUCCGAGAUGCAGUAAAAUUGAUUGAUUUUGGUGAAAUUAUACAUUUUAUGAAAUUUUAUUUGAAACUAUUGUAAGGCGUUAAUGUAUGUGUUUUCCUAUCUAUGAUUUUGUUUAACAUUUGUUACAAUCACAAAUCAAAAUGUUUAACAGUGUUUUAAAUCGGGCUGCACAUAUAGAGAAAAUGAGAUAAUGUUGAAUAUCGUAAUAUUACUAGCGAUAAAUAAACAAUACUCAGUUCUGCUGCUUUCAGUAUUCUCUCACAAUACUACAAAUCGCUUGAAUUUAAAAUAAAAGGAAAUCCUUUUUCAAUGUUCUUUUAUGGAUAAAUUUAACAUUGAAUAUAAAAGGCACCACUAAAAAAUUGACAGUUCCAUAUUAAAGUGUAGUGUUGAUAUUUUCUUUCAACUGACACUAUUGCCAUAUGUUGCAGCCUUUUGCAAUGUGUACAUUGCGCCAGUUGAUAUUGCGAUGACAAUAAAACACACACCAUAUUGUUCAGCCCUAGUUUUGAAUAGUGUUUGGUCCUGAUGAGUUGUAAUUUGAGGUCAUUCUGUCUACAUGUUGUGAAAUUAUUGCAAAUCCAUCUCCUCCCCAGCCACCGUUACCAGUUUAUGUGCUUUGAACCCAGAAGGGUCUACUCUCAUUGAUAUAAAUGCUGUAGACAAGUACCUCCCAGUAGAUAAGCAAAUGAAAUGCCACAAGCUACUUCCUCCGAAAUUAACUUACAGUUGAAUCAACACCUUUCUAGCACUGAACACAUCCUUCAUGAAGGUAGCAUUAAUUACAGGGCUGUUGCUUGAGGCUAUAGUAGUUUACACUAGUUUUUGGUCUGAUUUAUAUAGCGGUUUUGGUGUAUGUGUCAAAUAAACGUGUGUCUGAUGCAGAAGAG